AUGAAGGCUGCUGUUGUUCUUGCCCUGGCUGGCGCUGCCCUGUCGGCUCCCACCCCCACCAUCGAAAACCGGGACCUUCCCGGCAGUGGAACUGGCGGUCUCGAUGCCCUGAAGUCCCUCAUUCCCCAGGGCCAGGGUGCCAGCGGUUUCCCCAGCCUUCCCCACUUCAGUGGUCUCCCUCACCUCGAAGGCCUCCCUGGCCUUCCCUCCGAUCUGCCCAGCAUCUCCGAUCUCCUCGAGAAGGACAUCAAGACGCUCCAAGAGAACGGUGCCUCUAAGACCGACAAGCGCCAGCUGCCUGGUCUGAGCUCUCUUGAGUCUCUCAUUCCCAGCUCCGGCUCCGGCAGCGGUGGUCUCAGCUCUCUUCUCUCCGGUCUGGGCGGCUCGUCCGGCUCUUCCACCGGUGGCUUGAGUGCUCUUGAGUCUCUGAUCCCCAGCGCCGGCUCCAGCGGCAGCGGUGGUUUCGGCUCCCUGCUUUCUGGCCUCGGAGGCUCUUCCGGCUCUUCCACCGGUGGCCUGAGUGCCCUCCAGUCUCUGAUCCCCAGUGCCGGCUCCGGCGGCAGUGGUGGUCUCAGCUCCCUUCUUUCCGGCGGCGGUCUCGGCCGUCGUGACGAAGAAGACCUCGAGAAGCGUCAGCUUGGCGGCAUGACUGCCAACGAAGUUACCUCCAAGGGCGCCUGCAAGGAGCUGACCUUCAUCUUCGCUCGCGGUACCACCGAGCCCGGCAACAUGGGAACCGUCGUCGGCCCCGAGGUCGCCACUCAACUCAAGUCUCUCACCGGUAACAAGGUUACCGUCCAGGGAGUGACCUACCCCGCCAGCGUUGGUGGUAACGCUGAGCUCGGUGCCGCCGGUGGCCCCGCCAUGGCCAAGCUUGUCAAGCAGGCUCUCAGCCAGUGCCCCAACACCAAGGUCGUGGUCGGAGGAUACUCCCAGGGAGCCAUGGUCGUUCACAACGCUGCCCAGAAGCUCUCUGCUGGUCAAAUCUCCGGUGCCGUUCUGUUCGGUGACCCAUUCAAGGCCCAGGCCGUGGCUCACCUCUCCAACGACAAGCGCAAGGAAUUCUGCGCCAUCGGUGACCCUGUCUGCGAGAACGGUGUUAACGUUAUGGCUCACCUGACCUAUGGCUCUGAUGCGAAGACUGCUGCGCAGUUCCUCGUCAAGGCUGCUGGUGUUGCUUAA